GAAAGAAGAGAAGAGAAGAAAAAGAAGACGGCAGCUGUAAAUCUCUUCAUAGUGAAAAAUCGCGUUUUCUUUAGAAUUUUGCUGCAAUUAAAUUAAAUAUUUCAGUAAAAAGAAAAUAGCGAAAGCAUUUUUUUUUUUGGCAAGUUUGUUCACGCCGCCGAAAACGUUUGCUGGUGAAAAUUGUUAAAAUCUGUUUUGUUAAUUAGUUGUUACAAAUAUAGAAAGUUUUUUUUUUUUUAAAUAUAAUGGAAGAAGACUAUCAAGCAUCCUCUUCCCAGUCGGUUGCAAAAAAGGUGGGCAAACAACACAAUACUUUGCCAUUAUGGGGAAACGAGUCCACCAUGAAUUUAAAUCCUUUGAUAUUGGCCAAUAUUCAAAGUUCAAGUUACUUUAAAGUGCAUUUAUUCAAACUGAAGACAUACCAUGAGGUGGUGGAUGAAAUUUAUUAUCAAGUCAAACACAUGGAGCCAUGGGAAAGAGGUUCUCGGAAGACAAGUGGCCAAACUGGCAUGUGUGGCGGUGUUAGAGGAGUUGGUGCCGGAGGUAUUGUCUCGACAGCAUAUUGUUUGCUCUAUAAAUUGUACACGCUACGUUUGACUCGUAAGCAAGUUAAUGGUUUAAUAAAUCAUACCGAUUCCCCUUAUAUAAGGGCUUUAGGUUUUAUGUACUUACGUUAUACUCAACCACCGGCUGAUUUAUAUGACUGGUACGAAGAUUAUCUACAAGAUGAAGAGGAAAUUGACGUUAAAGCCGGUGGUGGACAGACAAUUAGCAUGGGCCAAAUGGUUUAUCAAUUUUUAACAAAAUUAGAUUGGUUUUCAACAUUAUUUCCUAGAAUUCCGGUACCGAUUCAAAAACAAAUUGAAAAGAAAAUCGAACAAUAUUGCCGAGAGAACAGUGUGACUGUGCAUCAGUUGACCGCUGGUCCUAAUUUAGUCGCCACUAAUUCACGUGCCAACCGAGCAGAAUUUGAGCCAGAAGCUGAAGGUCAUGUUGAAGUUCCGGAGAGAUGGCGUAGUAACGCAGCAGUGUCGAAUUACAGGGGAGAACAUGAUGACCGUGGUGAUUACAGAACAACAUCAAGCAGGGAAUAUCGUGAGCAACGUGAUCACAAAUCUAAACGCCAUGAGGAGAGAAAUUCAUCACCUGAAAGUGUUUAUCGUGGCACAAGCAGAGAACGAGAGCGUUACAGAGAAAAGCACAAAAAGAAGCAUAAACAUAAGCACCAUUCCAGAAGCCGCUCUCGCAGUAGAUCACAUUCACGUUCUCACUCGGAUCGCAAAAAAAACGAACGUGAGCAUCAUCACCAUCACCGUUCAAAGGGGUAUACCGAUGGUCAUCCCGAGGAUAGACGCUAUCGAUGAACUUCACUUAAUAACACUCAUCCACUAAAGACUUUUAAGGACUUUUCUAUUCUUAAAUUUAUUUGAUUUAAAUACAUUAUUUAACUACCUCCUUCCUAACGAAUAUGCAUGCAUAUGUUCUUAAGUUUAUAGAAUAUAUCAAUUCGAAUAAGGAGUAGUUCCAAUUAAGACCUUGUUUUCUCUUUUAAGCAUAAAACAGCACAACAAACACCAUGUCUUAAACUAAGAUUUAUUUUAUUUUCUAUUUAAAAAUCAUUGUUAAACUCAGGUGAAUAAUAAAACAAACAGAAGUGUUUUUGUUUGCAACAAAUUAAAUAUUGCUAAUACAUAUGUACUUUGUUAUACACCCCAUUUCCCCACAAAAAUAAUUGCCGCCGUAAUAUAUCAAUUAAAUGUGAACGUUAGAAAUAAACUUGAAAGAAAUAUAAAUCAUUUUUUUUAUGUUUUUCUUGAUUUCCUGAAUAUUUAUAUAUAUUUUGUUAUAUGGAUAACUAUUCACGAUUCAAAAAUGAACAAUUCCAAUAAAGAACUAAAUAAAUAAUUGCAUACCUAAAA